UUUCGCAUUCCAUCCCACCAGUAUGCUGUGGUUGGGUCAGUGGGCAACAUCGGCCGAGCUGCUGCCAACCUUCUGGGAGGUCUUGAGUACGCUCUCGUGGGCAUUCAUAUCGACGUUUCGCAUUCUGCGCAUCUGCAACGUGUGUAAUUCGGCAAAAAACGAGGCCCAAAAAAUAGGCAGCCUCAUACAUGGACUGGGCUGGAAAACAAAUUGCCCCGACACGAAAUCGAUGGUGCGUCUGCUUUCGCUGCAGCUACAUCAGCAGCGGAUCGAAUUCACCGCCAGUGGUCUGUUCACCAUCGAUCAUGGGCUAAUGUUUAAUAUCGUCGGGUCGCUUGCAACGUACCUUCUGAUAUUGAUACAAUUCGAUAUCGCACAAAACGGCGCCAAAUGGAAGACGGAACUGCCCACCAGGGGAAUGGCUCCACUGGUCUGA